AUUAAUUAGUAUACGUCUCUAAUAUAUUUUUUAGGCCUAAAAUUCAGGCUGCGAAAAAAACAGAUAUAAUUUGCUGUCAUUAAUAUACGCGCUAGCUCUGUCGGUCGAGCUAUCACUAAUGUACGAGUGUUGCGUGUUGGAUCAUCCCCACGCACGGGUGAGUAUGCGAGUCGGUCCCAUCGCGCCCAUCGAGCAACGUGGUAGGGGAAGUAUCCGAGUACACCAGUCUUCUCUUAGCAUCGAUCCGAGCAGGAUGCUGUUCGAUUCUUUGCGAACCGUGCAUCCUGGACACCCGCGCAUCUGCGUAAACGAAUGACGAAUGAUCGCGGGACGCACGAUCAGAUCAUCGUCGGAUCACUGAAAAACAUCGCGGCGCAUCUGUGGGGCAAAAGUUAGUAGGGUAUUUUUGCGAUAGGUAUAUAUAUAUAGAUAUAUACUUGAUGCGACGAAAAACGCGAAGGAAGACUGAAGGAUUACGCAAGAGUAAGAUGUAACGCGGAUGGAUGCGAAUCGACUCCUGAUGAUCGUCUCGAAAUGAAGAAGAGAAAAAGCAUGUAAUUUCGUAUCUCUGGAUUAUCACAGCGGUGUAAAUAUGAAGACCGAGAUGGAGACGGAAUCUGAAUGCGCAGAUGACGUUCUGUGCUCGAACAACAAUAACAACAAUAAUAAUAAUAAUAAUAAUACCAGCAAUAACAACAAUGUCGUGAAGAAGGGCGGCAACGAUAAUGGAUACGACACUAUCGAGAUGGAUUGCGGCGGCUGCGGAGAGAGUGUACGCGAACGCACCGUUUUGUGCGUAGGUGGUCGUAGCUGGCACUCCAGAUGCCUAAAGUGUUGCGCCUGUGCCAGGCCCCUGCACGAUCAGCAUUCGUGUUUCCUGCGCGGCAUGCGGCUCUACUGCAGACACGAUUACGCCUUAACUUUCGGGGCAAAAUGCGCCAAGUGCGGGCGCAGCAUGGGCGCCGGAGAUUGGGUGAGAAGAGCCAAAGACCGAGUCUACCACUUGGCCUGCUUCGCCUGCGACGCUUGUUCCCGCCAGCUGUCCACCGGCGAGCAGUUCGCCCUUCUGGACGCCCGACUGCUCUGCAAGGCCCACUAUCUCGACGUGGUCGAGGGUAACAACACGUCCUCGUCCGAGGACUGCGACUCCGAGCACGGAGGUAAGGGUAGCAAGACGAAACGGGUGAGGACGACCUUCACCGAGGAACAGCUGGCGGUCCUACAGGCCAACUUCCAGCUGGACAGCAACCCGGACGGCCAGGACCUCGAGAGGAUAGCUCAGGUCACCGGUCUCAGCAAGAGGGUCACGCAGGUCUGGUUCCAAAACUCUCGAGCGAGGCAGAAGAAGCACAGCGGCAAGAUCAAGACUCAGAUGCAUCAUUCGCCACCGAUGCAACAUCAUCCCGUCGAUUUAUAUCCCGGGGGAGUGAACGUCGUGGGCGCUUAUCUCGGUGGUUAUCAGGCGAGCAAUGGCAGCGAGAGUCCUGGUAGUCCAUUAACUCCGCUCACACCAUUAACCCCACUCACACCGACGACGCCGAAUCACUUGCAGGCCCAAUUCUGUCAUCAAGCAGGUUAAUUUGGCAUGCAAACAAUUUUUUUUAAUCGAGAGAGCACUAUGCGAUCUAGCAUUCUGUGUUCUCGAGCUUGUGUAUAUACCGAGGAAGUGUAAAGUAAACGCGAUAAUAUUAGAUAAUAUAUGAUAUAUAAAAGGUACAAUUUUUCGUAUUUAGAUUAGACUUAUUUAUUCUACAAAAACUUGUAACAAUUUAUAUGUAUUUAUGACGGUAGAUUGAAUUUUCUUAGACGAGACAAUUCAAUCCAGAACGAUGCUAUUGCGUCCUUUUUGAAUCUUCGACGUGAAUACUCUUAAAUCCAUAUAUAUAUA